AUGUUUCAGGGUCGAGCCCCCACGGACUCCUGUGCUGGAGACCCCAACCGCCACUAUGUCAAGGCUGCCAAGAGGUGCUGUUACCGCUGCCCUGAGGGGUCCUCCCCACAGCAUCUGUGCCCGCAGGGGCCAUCCGGCUGCAGGAAGCAGUGCCAGCAGGACUACUACCUGGACAGGGCCAACCGGUGCACAGCCUGCGUGACCUGCAGUGGCAAAGCUGAGAGGGACACCACCUACGAGCCGCCUCACCUGGGGACCCACCUUAACCACAGCACCAACCCAGAGGACGGCGAGCUACCGGCCAGCACCAGCGCCUCCCGGAUCUCCCUGGCUGGGAAGGGGAAUGGAGGAGGCGCCACCCAUGCCCUGGAGGACGCCUCCCUCUCAACAAGUGCUCCUGUCUCUUUCUCCUCUGCGAGGAGACCCAUCCUGGUUUCAGGCCCCGUGCUCCUCUGGCUGCUGGCGCUGCUGGCGGCGGUCGUCUGCACCGGCUCCUUCCUCCUGUGCCACCGCAGGGCCUGCUGGAAGUGGAUGCAGCAGAAGCUCCACCUGUGCUACCCGGUCCAGACCUUCCGGCCCAAGCCCGAGGCUGCGGAUUCCAACCCCCCAAGGAACCAGACAGAGCUGAAGAGCCUGCUGGUGACAGAGCCCCGCACCGAAACGCUGGGGUUACUGAGCCCCCCGGCUGUGGAGCCCUGCACCCAUGUGGGGGCAGCCGGCCUGGAGAGCCUGCCGCUGGUGGGGGCCAGUCCAGCCGGGAGCCCCUCGUCCCCCAGGGACCUUCCCGAGCCUCGGGUGACCACGGAACAUACCAACAACAGGAUCGAGAAAAUCUACAUCAUGAAGGCCGACACAGUGAUCGUGGGGACCGUGAAGACCGAGGCGCCGGAGGGCCGGGGCCUGGCGGGGCCGGCGGGUCCCGAGCUCGAGGAGGACCUGGAGAUGGACCAUGCCCCACACUACCCGGAGCAGGAGACGGAACCACCUCUGGGCAGCUGCAGGGACGUCAUGUUCUCGGUGGAGGAGGAAGGGAAGGAGGACCCCUUGCCUGAGACGGCGUCUGGGAAGUGAGGCCUGGCUGGGACUGAGAGAGCAGCUGGGUGCCCCUGGGACCGGGCGGCACAGUGGGCCACGCUGGUGCAGAGGCCCAUCUGCUGACCUGAGUUUCCAGCACCCAGUGGUCAAUGCAGGAGGGGCCUGGGGGUCUCUACCUGCAUCCCCACCCAGCUGCCCCCACCCUGGCCCUAGGGCAGUGGGCUGUGCAGGGGAGACAACCAGGGUGCUGGAUUUGAACGGCAAUGUUUGCUGGGGGCAACAGAAAGACAGACAGUAGGGACUGGACGCUUCGCCUCUGCUGCUACUGAGAAGACACCCCAGAGUCCUGGCAUGGGCCCCCCGCCCUCCAGGAUGGAGCCCACCUGAGGCAGAGGCCAUGAGUCCCACACCCCAAGCCUUCUCCCCUCAACUGGGCCCCUGGAGAGAUACCCACGGGGCCUUGCUACCAGGCCAACAGCCUGCAGUUACUGUAAACUCGGCCCGCAGUGGCCUCGAGCCAGCGCCAGUGGUUUCUCCUCCGUCAGAAGGGAAACAGAGGGAUCGGGCGGCCGGCUGGCCCGUCUCAGCCACUGCGGCCAUGCUGUGCUCUGUGCCCUAUGCCUGGUGGUGCCCAGCCUGCCUCCAGCCCUGCGUGGGCCGAGGGGGGACCCUCCUGGUGCUGCUCCUUUCCUGUUCUGUGGCCCCACGGUGGGCCCCCGGCCUAGGAUCAACUCACUCAUCUCAGAAUGUCCCUACCAGUCCCAGUGACGGUGGGCCCUUCGGGGUCCUUGCCUGCUCGGUGGGCACCGCCCACUCUGUCCUGGGAAAUGAAGAUGCCCUUCCCCGGAUCUGCCGCCCUCAUGGACCCCCAUGGCACCAGGCCUGCCUCUUGCAGCAGCUGCUCCGCACCCGUGUUGGGACAUGGAUGUCAAAAGCCGCGUCUGCCUUAUCCUGGGCUUGGGGGGAAGCUCUGCAUAGCUCAGUAUGGGGUCAGGAUGUGUGCAUCGCACACUAAGGAAUAAUCGGUCGGCUGGCCUGCUCGCCCAGGGCUUUCAGACGCGUGUACACAGGCGCGUGGCCUUGGAAAGGGACCCGUGGGCAGAUGACAGGGGGCCGCAGGCCGGGCACCGAGUCUCAGGUCGCCGCAGGCUCCUGGAAUUACCCGCCGAAGCCAGGCCUGGAAGCUGCUGUUUACACACCAGCCGCUCGUCGCUGGAGGAAGUCGGGGCCGGGUCAGGAAUGGCAGGGACACUUUCUGAAACCUCUCAGAUAUUUUGGGGGAAGUUGGAGCGGCCGUUACACCAGAACCUGGAGAAGUUCAUGUGGGAUGGGUGAUCUUUGCCCAAAUGCCCGUGUGGGCGGCUCUGCCCCCGAGCCUCCGUGCCCGGAGUCAGCACGUGCCCAGCACCUCGUGGGCAGGGCUCAGGCUGCCGGUGGCGGCCGCUGACAUCUGCUUCAUGAAAUGACGCACUCCCUCGCCCAAGAGCCCUUCACAGAACACGACCUUUUAAAAAUCCACAAAGUUCCUUACCAAUGACCAUAAGGCUGAGGACUCUCUCAUGGAGACUGGGAGUCUUAGAGAAGCUCUGAGGACGGGGAUCCCGCCACCCCUCUGCCCAGCCUCUGGGGACAGGGCGCUGCUGCCCGCAGAGCCGCCCCUCCGCCGCCGGAGGGUCCUCCUCCCUGUCACUCCCUCGCCCUGGCCCAGGCCUGCCUCGAGGACACUCCGAAUAAAGCUGCUCUACACCAGGCUCCCUGUGGGUGUUUGCAGAAGGGGCUGUGGGGAGAGGCAUCACAGAAGCUGCGCAGAU